ACGCCUCCGGAGGCCGCGACGGUCGGGCUUCCCCUGCCGCGGGUCCGGGCCCCGCCCCUCCUCCGGGCUGCAGCGGCGGCAGCGGUGGCGUUGUGGCAGCGGGGGCGGCGGGCGGCCGUGGAGCCCGCCGAGUCCUAGCGCCUGACCCUGCGCGGUGCUGCGGCGGGCCGGACCGACCGUCUCGCCGCAGGAUUAAUUUAUUUUUGGAAAUCAAGUGCAAUAUUAAAGGGAAAGCACACCACACUCCAUUAUUGGAAGCCAUUUCUGCUACUUGCAUUACGUUUUAAAAUUUAUGAUCUGAUUUGAAUACUAUCAUGGGAGGAGCUGUGAGUGCUGGGGAAGAUAAUGACGACUUAAUUGAUAACUUAAAAGAAGCCCAGUACAUCCGCACGGAAAGAGUGGAGCAAGCCUUCCGAGCGAUCGACCGCGGAGACUACUAUUUGGACGGCUACCGAGACAGCGCCUACAAGGACUUAGCCUGGAAGCAUGGGAACAUUCACUUGUCAGCGCCGUGCAUUUAUUCUGAAGUAAUGGAAGCUUUGAAACUUCAACCAGGAUUGUCUUUUCUUAACCUGGGAAGUGGAACCGGAUAUUUAAGUACAAUGGUGGGCUUAAUUUUAGGUCCUUUUGGAAUAAAUCAUGGGAUUGAGCUCCAUUCAGAUGUGGUGGAAUACGCCAAGGAAAAAUUGGAGAGCUUCAUCAAAAAUAGUGAUAGCUUUGAUAAAUUUGAGUUCUGUGAACCUGCAUUUGUGGUUGGUAAUUGCCUCCAGAUAGCAUCUGACAGUCAUCAGUAUGAUCGAAUUUACUGUGGAGCUGGUGUCCAGAAAGACCACGAAAACUACAUGAAAAUCUUACUGAAGGUUGGAGGCAUUCUGGUCAUGCCGAUAGAGGACCAGUUAACACAAAUUAUGCGAACUGGACAGAACACUUGGGAAAGUAAGAACAUCCUUGCUGUUUCAUUUGCUCCACUCGUACAGCCAAGUAAGAAUGACAACGGCAAACCAGACUCCGUAGGACUCCCUCCCUGUGCCGUCAGGAAUCUCCAAGACUUGGCUCGUAUUUACAUCCGACGCACACUUAGAAAUUUCAUAAACGAUGAGCUGCAGGCCAAGGGCGUCCCUCAGAGAGCUCCGCCCAAAAGGAAAAGAAAGAGGGUUAAACAGAGAAUCAAUACUUACGUCUUUGUGGGCAAUCAGCUCAUUCCUCAGCCUCUAGACAGUGAAGAGGAUGACAGAAUGGAAGAAGAUAACAAAGAAGAGGAAGAGAAAGAUCACAGUGAAGUCGUGAAGCCAGAGGAGCCACCUCAGAAUUUACUGAGAGAGAAAAUCAUGAAACUCCCUCUCCCUGAAUCUUUAAAGGCUUACUUGACAUAUUUUAGAGAAAAAUAACUUAGAUCAAGAAGAAAGAAUGCCUACUGAUAAUUCCUGUAGUCUUGAAAAUGUAGCAUUUGUUAGGAGUUAAACGAGAGCGAAUUCUUUCAACAGAGCGAAUUAUAGUGGAAAAAGUAUAAUUUGUUUCUGUCUUAGUAAUAAAAAUGAUGUAUUCAGUAAUUGAAAAGAAUCCCUUUUUAUAAAAUAUAUUUUUCUUUAAAUUUUGGGAAAAAUGCUGUUUUAACUCAGAGUGACUUCAGGAGUGGAAUGCAACGAUACUCAAGAUUUAUGUCUGGUAAAUCCCUUUCUGAUUCCUAACGGAUUUGUAGCGGUGAGGCUUUUGUUUCAUUUUCUAGAAGGUUACAUAACUGUUACGCAUAUACUAGUUUUUGAACAGCAGUUGUUUUCAUUUCCUCUAUGAAAGUGUCCCGAUCUGAUUAGGAAAUCAGAUGCUGUGUAGACCCACUUAACUUACUUGCGUCGCAGUCACUAUUGCCGAGUUGUUCUAGUAUUCCGGGCAAUCUAUGAGUGCAAUAACAAUACAGAUAUUGAAUGCUUUAGCUUUAAAAAAAAAGUUUCAUGGAGCUCAGUGGCAUUGCUACUUUUGCUUUCGAAUCUAUUGCCAAAAGACGUGAGAAAAUAUCUGCUUCUCUCCUAGAGAUUUUAAGAGCACAUCAAGCGAAUGUUAAAUAAAAAGUAUCUACUUCAUACAGUCCUUACUUUGUAUGGACCCUUUACAUUUUCAGUAUUUAAAAAUAAUGAGGUUAUCUUACCUUCUGGAGUUUUAGAAGAUGGUGUGUUUAGAACUGGGUUUUCUCUUAUCCGCUGUGCAGAGUAUUUGGUUUUUGAAGAUGCGCUGUUGUGCGCAGCGGCCGGUGACACAGGUAGAGCGUAAGCAUGAGUGCGGCCCCUCUCUUGGGGCGCGCUCCCAGGGAGGGGCACUUCAGCAAAUGGGGCUUCUGGUUCAUUGGGACCUUUGUUUUUGACAAGGUAGAACUGAGCGAGCCCCCGAAAGGAAUCAUCUUUGUCAUGUACGAGAUGUUCACAGGAAUUGUAUGUCGAUGCCUCUUGCUUUGAAAAUGCAGUUCAGAAUCACAGUGUACUCUUUGGGACCUACAUUGUGCCCAUUUAACUUUCUCAUGGUGUGUGGGGGUUUUUUUGGGGUAAAAUUAUAAUUCUCACUUUUUUCUUAAUAUCACACACUUAAACUAUCCAUCAUUUGAAUAUUAAUUAUAGCUUAUCAGUGAUACAGCAGUAAAUGCCAUUUUUGAUUUGUUCCUUUUCUUCCCACUAGGGCCUUAAAACAGCCAUUCCUUGUUAAGAAAGUACAGAAUGUAACAUACUACUUCGUGUUACGUGGAUUAUGUAUUUUUUAAAAGGAAAGAUUUGAGGGUAUCACUUAUUACCACCAGCAUCCCUGUUCCAAUGUUGAUCAAAUAAUGUUUAACAAAACCCAAUUGAUAUAUAGUAAAAGAAUUAUUAUUAUCUCUCUUCAAAGAUUCAACUAUUAGUAACACAUAGUUGGUUUAAAGAAAUUUCAUCUCUGGUAAAUCUCAGCUCUGGUAAUUCUACACAUUUAAAAAUGAGCAUUUGAAGUAUUCUAAGUAUGAAUUAUCUCAAGUAAAUGAGGGUAUUUUAGUACUGGGAAAGGUAAUUUCAUGGAAGGUGUUUGUUUUGUACCAGUGACUGGGGCUGGGUGAUAGGGGCUGGGGGUUGGGUGUUAGCUCCACAGUUUUUUUCUUUUUUUAGAUGAUUACUAAGUUGUUAUUGUUAAGAAAUGUCCCAUCUCACUUCUAUCAAGGAAAAAAAUAGUUUUAUACAAUUGUCAUCUGUUAGGAAUGUUCAUUUUAUUUUAAAUUACAUGUUAGUUUUAGAAGUUUAGUACUGAGUUCCUGGCACCCACGUACUUUUACCCAGCACCCUUUCCCCGACCCCUGGACACACUGUUGGUUUUGGAGCUGGCGUCCAGAUAUGUAAACAUACAUAUUCUUAAACGAUGAUUUUAAAAUUCAGAAGAAAGUUUUCGUUAUGGAUAUAUUUGAAGAUUGACUUGCUCAUGUGGUCUUUAUUCUGUGGACCUUGGCAAAGUGUACAGUAGAUUUUCAUGGUCAUUACAUAUUUUUGUUAUUGAUUGAAAUGUAUCUUUUGUGUUUUUAAAUGCAUUCAUUCAUUUUACAGUUGUGAUUUGUUAUUGACUUUAAAUAAAGAAGUAGAAAUUAAAAAAAUGAAAAUUCAAGUAAAA